GCAUUGGCGGCGCACCGGGACCUGGGUGCUCCCAGCCAUGAGCACACACAGUAAGGUGCUGGGCUCUGGGCUCCGCGGCUCGCCCGACAUCCCGGGAAACCAAGACCCCAGUGGGUACCGCGGGGAGCUCAGCCCCCUGCAGGACCACAGACCGAAUUUGGAGGAGGCACCCCGGAACUCAGCGCGGGACUCUCGGCGGCUUGCGGGCCAGAGCACAGGUGCAUACACCAUGAUACCACCAAAUGAAAAUCGGCGAAAUCAGAUAAAAAGGAUUGCUGAGCAAGAGCUGGCGAACCUGGAGAGGUGGAGAGAAGAGAACAGAGCUAAACCAGUGUACCUGGUGCCCACGCAGCUGGGCGGGAGCCAAGGUGAGAAGGAAGUCAGGCAGAGGCAGCAGCUCCAACUAAUGCAAUCCAAAUACCAGCUCAAGCUGAAAAGAGAAGAAUCUGCAAGAAUCAGGAAGGAGGCAGAAGAAGCUGAACUCCAAAAAAUGAAGGCAGUUCAGAGAGAGAAGAGCAAUAAGCUAGAAGAGAAGAAACGACUUCAAGAAAAGCUUAGAAGAGAAGCGUACAGAGAACAUCAACAGCGUAAAACCGCUGAGUUCUUGAGCACACUGGACACAGGAUUGCCAGACAGAAGUGCCAGUCAAAUUGCUCCUUGUGAUCCACCAUCUUCAACAUGGGCCAGGAGCCGGGCGUAUAAGGAUUCUCUCAGAGAGGAAGAAAACCGACGUUUGCAAAGGAUGAAAGAUGAACAGCGUCAGAAGAGUGAAUUACUGGAACUUAAGCGACAGCAGCAAGAGGAAGAAAGAGCCAGAAUGCACCAGUCUGAACAAAGGAGGGUAAAUAAUGCUUUUCUGGACCGACUCCAAGGCAAAAGUCAAGCAGGUGGCCUCGGGCAGGCUGCAGGCUGUUGGAAUACGAAUAGUGGUAACAGCUGGGGUGAAUGAGAAAUGGUCAUUCCCAUCUGGCCUUCAUCAACUGACCUUGAAAAACCUCCUGUGAUGCCUUUCUUUAAUGUGAUUUUGUUCAACCUCCGUGUCUUUAACCUUGGUUUCUGCUGCCCACACACUCUCCUGAGCAGGCUGGGACGACAGGCAUCUUACUGUCAUCACCGAUGCAUGGUUGUAAGAACUGAUUACAGCACUUACAGUUAACCUCCAUUGCCAGGGAAAUGUUAUGUUAUUUUUCUAAUUGGUUUUGCCUGUUAGUAGAAGAGUAAUUGGAGCAUUGUUAAUAUGACAAAGAAAGGGGGAAUCCCUUAAUCCACUCAGGUUAGUAAAACCUGUGGGUGCUACCAGGCUUACCUCUCUAAGCCACUGAUUCUCAGGUGAGGUUUGUG